UCUUCUGCUAGGCAAUAAGUGCUGAUGAUCUAAUGGAAUUUGUGAAGGGAAUAAGUGUUUUUUGGGAAAGCGGAUGAGACAAGGAGUAAGCUCUUUAGGUGGAUAAGUGGAGGAUUGGGUUAGGGUACUUCCAGUGGGAUUUUAGAGGGUGGGUAUUGGGGAUAUAGGGGUAUUUUAUGAGGAGUUUGGGGCAUUGGCAGAACUUGAGAAAGGUGAAGAAGGAUUUUAGGGAUGGGUCGGUUGAGUGGGUGGGGGUUAUGAAUUCAAUAUCUCCUGGAAUUUGGAUUAGACAGGGGUUAUCGUUAUAUUAUGGGUUUGUUUUAUAUAUUAUUUUUAUGAGAGAAGGGGAAAGUCCGCUACUUACAUUCAAAUGAGAUUUAUCACUAAAAAAUUGCCACCAGUCAAUACAUUUUAGCAAUCUUCUUCAAUUGAAUGAAGUAGCUUCUCCCCUGUUUCUGCUAAUAACUUCUCCUUUUUUGCUUAAUGUAUUCUUCCAUUUAUGUUAAAAA